UUGAAGUCAUUGACAGUAUUUGUCAAUAAUGGAGUGACAGAGACAAGCAAACAAAUCCUUUAAAAAAAAAGACAAGCAAACAAACAUUUGCUAUCAGUACUAAUCAAUCAAUCAUUAUUACUCAAAAUUCCCAGAUUUAAUACUAAUCAGUCACGCACACCCCUGCUUGCUCCCCUCCCCACGAACAAUUACUAUCAGAUUAGCAAGGCAAGGAUCCAAACUUACGUUUAGGGUUAUGCAGGAUCAGCAGUAGGAACACUAAGGAAAGGAGACCAAACCCAUGUUUUGGUGGCGGUAAUUGCAAAAAAUGGUGAGGCAGGACGGCGGCGGCUGCGACGGACAGCGGCGUCCGUGGUGGAGGGUGGCGGCGGACGCGGGGAGGGCGAAGGCGGUGGCGGCCGCGGGGGAGCGCGGUGUCGUCGUCCGCGGUGGACGAGGGCGGCGUCGGCGCGGUGGAGGGAGGCGCAGAUGGAGCGGUCACAGAUAGAGUCUGUUGCCGGCAAGAAGCAAGAACAGUUGGCGUGCCGGAGAGGAGAGGAAGGUCGGCCGUCGUUUGUGGCGUGGCCUGGAAACAGGCGGCGGCAGCGUCGAUGGAGGAUUGGAGGCGGAGGUAGGUGCAGGUGACGAUCUACAUUGGGAGAGAAAGAAUAGCAUCGGUUUUAGAUCGUGGGGAAAAAGCCAGGAGAAAAACCAACGCGGGACGGCCGGUUUUUUGCAGCGUGGGUGCGGAGAGGAAGAAAAACCGUGCGGGACGCUGGUUUUUCGAGCGUGGGUGCGGCCGUGCAGGAGGACGUACGAUGGACUAACCUAAGUGUAAAUUAAAAAAUAGUAAAGAUACCCCGAGGAUCGACCAAUCCUCGACACGAAUCCAAGUUCAGGAAAAGAUCGACACGAAUAUUGGAUCGAUCUCUUUCUCUCUGUGCUAGCUUAGUCCAUGGCCAUGCAGGCGGACCGGUGCGCCGUGUGCUUCCACCCCCGCGCGGCCACCGGCGCCGACUGCUCGGUCUGCUCCGCGGCCCCGAAGAACCCCUUCGCCUCCCCGCCGCCCGCGCAGCGGCGGCUGCAGCCCUGUUUGGGCCGAGCGGCGCCAUCUCCUUCGGUGCCGUCCCGCCAAGACACUCUCCGUUCGGAACUCAGGCUCCCUCAACGAGCAGCUCGAACCCAUUCACAAGGCGGCUGGCGCCGACCCCCAGCUUCUUCGGCGACACGCCAUUGGAGCCGUUCGGAUCUGUACUUGGCUUCGAUGACGACGAGGAGACCGCGGACGCCGAGCCUCCGGCGAUCGACGGCCGGAACGAUACGGCCGCGCCGCUCGUGACGCUCGAGAUGCACUGCGAGCGCGCGGCCGUGGCCCGGGGCGAGGCCGUCGACAACUUCGCCGUGCUGGUGCACGCCAAGGCUCCUCCGGCCGCCGCUGGCCGGGCUCGCGCGCCGGUGGAUCUCGUGGCGGUGCUGGACGUCAGCGGGAGCAUGCAGGGGAACAAGCUGGCGCUGGUGAAGGGCGCCAUGGGGUUCGUCGUGGACAAGCUCGGCCCCGCCGACCGCCUCAGCAUCGUCGCCUUCUCCGACUCCGCCCGCCGCGUCCUCCACCUGGCCCGCAUGUCUGACGCCGGCAGGGCCUCCGCCAAGCUCGCCGUCGAGUCUCUGCAAGCCGGUGGCUGCACGAACAUCCGCGACGGGCUCGCGGUUGCCGCCAAGAUGCUCGACGGAAGGCGGCACAGGAACGCGGUCGCCGCCGUCAUCCUUCUCUCCGACGGCCAGGACUCCUUCACCCGCAGUUACCACCGCGACCUCGUGCCGCGCUCGUUAAUGGCGGCGACCAGAAGCGACGGCGGCCGGUCCUCUGGCACGCCGGUCCACGCGUUCGGCUUCGGCGCCGACCACGACGCGGCGGCGAUGCACGCGAUCGCCGAGGCCACCGCGGGCGGCACGUUCUCCUUCGUCGAGAACCAGGCGGUGGUUCAGGACGCGUUCGCGCAGUGCAUCGGAGGGGUCCUCUCUGUGGCGGCGCAGGAGGCGUGGCUCGCCAUCGCGUGCCCGGCGCACCGCUCCGGCGCGCGCGUCAGGGCCGUCAAGUCCGGGCGGUACGCGAGCCGCGUCGUGGCGUACGGCCGCGCCGCGGAGGUGGACGUCGGAGAGCUCUACGCCGACGAGGAGCGCCGCUUCCUGGUAUUCCUCGACAUGCCAGCCGCCGGCGCCAGAGACGACGACGAGGAGGGUGACGUCACCACGCGGCUGCUGAAGGUGAGCUGCACGUACAAGGACGCGGCGACGGGGAGGUCGAUGGAGGUGGCCGGUGGUGACGCGGUGGUGCGCCGGCCGGCGGAGGCCGAGGACGAGGAGCCGUCGAAGGAGGUGGAGGUGGAGCGGUUCCGCGUGGAGGCGGCGGAGGACAUGGCGGCGGCGCGCGCGGCGGCGGAGCGCGGCGACCACGGCGAGGCGGCGAGGAUACUCGACAGGCGGCAGGACGCGCUGCGGCGGUCGCCUGCCGCUGCCAGCGACGCCAGGUGCGCGGCGCUGGCAUGGGAGCUCCGCGAGCUGGCGGCCCGCGUGGCCAGCCGGGCGGAGUACGAGCGGUCCGGCCGCGCGUUCGCGUUCGCCGGCGCGAGCGCCCACGCGCAGCAGCGCGCCUCGGGCGUUACCCUGUUUGGCGCCAUGGCGCCGACGGCGGCGCCCGGUUUCGCAUCGGCGCCUUUUCUGCAGUGUGGAACGCCGGCGUUUGGGUCGACGGCGGCGUUCAGCCCUUUUCAUCAGUGUGGAUCAGCGGCUGCAGGGCCGUUCGCGACGCCGGCGAUGAGGGCCAUGGUGGACGAGUCGCGGGAGGCGCGGGAGAAGCGGCAGCAGCAGCCGGCAGCCCCGGCACCGACGACGACCCGUUCCUAACCUUCUUAAUGGAGUACUUAUACAAUCUUGUUGAUUAGCUUUGCUACUACGAAUCAUUCCGCAAUUUUUCUUAGUACUAAAAGCUUCGAACAUUAAUAUUUGUGUAUAGAUACAUUCAUAUUUGGACAAAUUUGAGUCUCUUAAUGUGUGUGACUGAGGGAGCAUGUACGUAUGCUAUAACCACGGUAUUAUAAUUCAUUCCUACUUGGUGUUAA